AUGGCACCCGGGAGAAAUAGAAUCAGUCAACUUCCUGCGAACAUACUUGACCACAUCUUGGGAUUGUUGCCAAUUAAAAAUGCUGCUAGAACAACUGUUUUAUCUUCCAUUUGGAGAGGUGGUUGGUCCAGUCUUACACAACUGAACUUUGAUGAUCACUUCUUUUGUCACAUUGAUAGGAAAUAUCACUUAAAAUAUCACCGUGUUAAAAAAUGUAACAAGGAAUAUUCCCCAAGUUUGUAUGUGAUCAACAAAGUUCUCCUGCAGCAUAAUGGAACUAUUCGGAAAUUAGUUCUCAACUUUUCUAAUGUUGGGAAACUUACAUAUCGGUAUCGGUUUUUUGACUUUGACCAAUGGCUACUUUUAGUCGCAAAGAAAGGUGUUGAAGAUAUGUACAUUGGUUUCGAUGAAAAGGCAUAUAGGUUGCCAUCCUGCAUAUUUUCUUGUUUAACCCUCAAGAGAUUGCAUCUGUAUGGUGUCAUUAUUGAACCAAUGGAUUUACCUCGCAUAUUACCAAAUGUCGCUUCACUUUGUUUUGAGCAAGUUGACUUUGGUACUAGAAAUCUCCUACAUCGUGCUGUCGAUGUUCCUAUUCUCGAGAAUAUGUCAUUUCUCAGCUGUCAAAAUAUGUUUUAUUUUAACAUUACUGCUCGAAAGUUGUGUGGUCUAACAAUCAAAUGUUGCUCCUCUAAUGUCCCCGACAAAUUUCUCCCAGUUAACUUGGACUUGAAAUCUAUUGUGGCUUUUGAAUUGGAAGGUUCUCUCCAGGAAUUUGAUAAAGAGUUCACUAAGUUGGGAUUUCAACUAAAUGUGGAAUAA